UACAACUUGUAUACGCUCAGCUGCCAUGCUUGGUUUACGAGCGAAAUAUCAAACUGACAAGAACGUAUACGUACAUUUGGUCGUUAUCGUGCCCUUAUUUUUAUUCCCGUCGAGUGCUUAUGGUCAAGAAGGAAGGUGAUGAGUAGUGCUAAUUUCCCAGGCGGUGGGGGUGAAAGGCGAGGAGAGGACAAACCUGACAGUCUCCCUCCAGCUGCCACGCCCACUUUAAGUGGUACACCCUCCCACAUCCAAACCCAGCAACCCAUCAUGGACAUCAAGUUACAGACAAUUAGACCGAAGAUAAACCAGUCCGUGAAUCUUGGUCAUCCACACCAACAGGCGUUAUCAGCAAUGUUACCCACAGGUUUGGUGAGCACUCCAACUGAUGGGGUCCAUGGUCACAUCGCUACGACGCCUUCCAGUGGGCUGUCGGCGGGGUCACAUGGCCAGCUAUCUGCCGCAGUGUCCAAUCUUGUUCAUCUCAGUGCCUCAGUAGCCGGUGGCGCUACUCAGGCUCUAGGCAAUGCCCUCCCGUUGAACGUCAUUACAAGAACUGUCCCUCCACGACCACCGUUCGCUUCACACUUACCUAGAGGAGCAAUCGCCGCAGCGGCUUUGUCAAAGACAUCUGGCAACAUCGCUACCGCGGCCCCAGCUGUGGUGCGACCUCCGGUUCAGAUCCCAGUGUCAUCAAGUGCUAUCCACGGAGCAGGUGUUAUCCCCACCAUACAGCCCUCCCUAGGGAGGUCACCCAUACUCUCAGCCAUCAAACAGGCGACGCCCCCCUCCACACGGUCCCCCUCUCCUGCUGUCAACAUCUCGACCUCACAGCAACCCGAAACUCAUCGAUCAGGCUUUGCUAUUCAUGGCCAGCCCCCAACCAGCAACACGCAAAAUAUCCAGAUCACGUUGACGACGACGAGGUCCACAACGGCCAUUGAGAUUCCGAAGCCUGUCAACACCCACAGCCAACAGAAGCCUCUGAAUGUCCCCAACCCCAUGUCCAUACAAGCUCCAUCCAAAGUUAUUGUCUCGCAGACAGUGAACCCACUGCUGCCUCAUCUCGCUAAACCAGUGAGUCUGUCAAUGACAGGCCACAUAUCGUCAGCCAGUGCCAUGCCCCUCACGCCCGGCUCCAUCACAACCACUACAACUGUGGCGUCAACACCUUCAACAAUACCUAUAGCCAAAGUAACCCCUCAACGACAGCAACAAACCAUCCCACAGCCCAACAGUGUGUCCCAGUCGUCAUCAGCCCAAGAUCUUAGUCGAACAGAGGCCCCAACAUCAUCAUCCACCCACCCCCACGGGCAGCCAGCUGGGGGACUCUUCAUUCCACAGACUCAUCGUAUCCCAGCAACCACUGCACCAAUCACGACAGCAGUAGCAGCACCUUCUUCAACACCACAGCAACAGGACUCGCGGCUUGAGAACCGGACAGUGGGCAAUAUCCCCCAGCUGCCCCACCUGUUCUCCCAGACUGACCUGUGGCAGAGCUACCCGCUGCAGUACCAGCAGCUCGUGUACCAACAGGUGGCAGCACAGGCAGCACAGAACCCCCUCUCCACCCCCAUCACCACCCCCACCACCACCCCAGUCAGACCGGGCCCCGGAACACUCAUCUUCCCCCGACCGCAGGUGGAACAGUCAGUUCCAAGCCAGAACCCGAACCUGGCCGCGACGCUUCAGGCUCACGGUAUGACGAUGGGUCAGACCCAGACUCUGAGGUUCACCAACUCCAUGAUGGUGCAAGUGGACCCGCGCCAUCCCAUGUCCACCAUGCACACCCAGUUUGCCACUACGGCAGCCGCUGCCGCCGCCAUCACCAGUGGGGCUUCUCUACCUCAACAAGACAGUAAACCAACAAUCUCAGCCACGCUGUGUCGGACCCCGCCCCCCGCCUCCAUGCACGACGCCAGCCACAACAUGAGUCUGUCCACUGCAGCUACGGUCGCCAGCAGCAUCUACACCAGCUCCCCCAACAUGCAGACACAGUCGUCCUCCAUCAACAACCCCAGUGCCUCGCCGCGCCCAAGUAUUCUCAGAAAACGAACCAGCGAGGGUGCUGGCGUUGUUGUGAAGCGACCGAUUGGCUUGAUGCCAGACAAUCACAGCCCGAGACCCGAACCCUCUCAGCCUCAGUCCAAUACAAGCUCUCCAAAGACUCCAGCGGGUGACAACAACAGUCAGUCCUCAACAGACACUGCCUUGUCAUCCAACGAUGCGACGACGCCCACGCAGAACUCGCAUCUAGAUGUCAAGAUCAAGCAGGAACCGCCAGAUGCUAUGGAAAAUGGUCCAUCAUCUCUCAACAGCCUUGCAUCAUCCCCUGUCAGCAACUCCCUGGAGGCGUCGCCCAGGAAGAAACCAAGAAAACAGUUACUGAAUGCAACAGAAGAGCUGAAGGACAACACGUCCACGGACGAGGAAGUUGAGAAGGUCAGCGGCCAUAAAGACAUCAAGCCCAAGGAAAUCAAGGAAGAACAGAGAGAUGAGUUUGUUGACGACGAUGGGGUGCGGUGGACAUCAGAGAAAAAAAGACCGAACAUUAAUCUUCUUAAUUUCUACAAUAUCACGUGGAAACCGAAGAAUAAUCACUUUCAGAGAUUUACAGAUGUUAAACCUAAAGAGGAGAGGCGGCCCACAGUAAACGAGUUGUCCAACCAGAGAGGCAUUCACCAGAGAUCCAGUGGCUGGAAACUCUACCACAUGGCAUCGCAGCUAGAAAACCUGAAUGACCUGGAGAAGGACAUGUGUGCCCGCAUCAGCCAGCUCCAGGCAGCCCUGGCGCCAAGGGCACCUGCCAAACAAGCAAUUGUGGAAGACUAUGAUGGCAUCAUUCAUGAACUCUCACAGGCCAACAUCCAGAGAUGCCAGCUAAUUGGCGACCAGCUGGAAGAGGCACGAUCAUCCAUGCUGAAGAUUCUUGAACACAAACCUCGCAUACAGGAAAUCAUCAACAAACACAUGAGCAAACGACCAAUCAAAAAGAAGGAGAGGACGUAACACACAUGAAACACACAUGACGUGUGAUACGAGACUAUAUCUACCAAGUAUUAACCCUGUGACCACUGACUAUUACUGCAGGUCAAAGGUGUGAUGGUUAAUAACAUAAAGCAGCACUAUGUGGGUGUGUGAUACAAGACUGUGUGUCAACCCUUCACCUCGGGACUCCAAAACUGCAGGGCAAAGACAGAGAGGGUUAAUCAACUGAUGGCGAGUGGCAAUAUAUCAUUCAUUAUCAUCUGUCUACAAUUCUUCCAGCACCAUUGUCAUUUCCGGUCAAUAUGGUUUUCAGUGCUUGUUGGGCCAAGCUGUGUUCGUUUUAUUUGUCCUGAAUUAACAGGACUUUUUUUUGUUUAAAUCUGAUUGUUUUUCUGAGCAACUCUGAAAUAUGUUGACUGAAAUCAGGACCGUGUGAUUGAGAGACGAGGUAGCUGACAGUACAUUGCUACUUCUCCUUAGGAUGUCCUUGAUCAUGAUCACUGACACUUGGCAUCCUAUCCCAUGGGAGCUUGGAAUACUAGUGCUACAUCUAAUAUUAAUGGUCCAUAUGUAAAACGGUAAAGAAGAAUUGGUUCCUUGGAAGCUGAAACUCUUUUUCAAGACUUGGAUCAUGGAUUCGCCUACUUGACAUUUUAAGCAGCGAUAAAAAUAUGACUUUAUUUUUGUUUUCGCUGGUCGUAUAUGCUUUUUUACCCGAUGUCCAGGUAUUACACCUGAGAAUAAGUUUGAACUCCUGGUAGUGUAUAGGUUUUAAAUGGGAAUAAGAUGUCUGACUGAAGGAAUAGUUUGUAUUUGUUUACAGUAUAUCUUGUCCGGUAAAUAAAAUAUAACGAUUAGUUGUUA